AUGUCUAACACAACAAGAAGUACACGUCCUGUAACUCGGGCUUAUGCAGCCCAACAUCAAAUAAAAAUUGACCCAUUACCUCCUGCUAGUCAUCAUCCUGAACCGAACCGACGCCGCACACGAAAUAAUGAUCGUAUAACUUUACAUUCUAAUCAAAGGAGACGUUCUACACGCAAGCAGCGAGGUUUAUCUUUGCAACAAUCUCGAUCUCAAAGUCAACAACGAAAAACGACACUCGCACAAAUAAGAGAAAAGUCAUCUUCGCCUCAACAAGAAGAACUUGAAAUUCAAUAUAGGCAAUUAACACCCUAUUAUGUUCGUGAAGAAUCAAGUCAGCAAACGUCCUCUCCUCAAUAUUUACAAACGAUAACUGAAUCACCACCAUAUCAAUUACAUGAAAAUGAGCCGACAAUUACAUCCGCUACAGGUGUCAGUCAUGAUGAAUGGUUUAAUUAUAAUGAUAGCCCUGAUCUCACCGGUCAAAAUCCUGAGGAGUUUGAUUCAUAUUCGCGUGAUGCACCACAAUCACAAUCUCCCGAUUUUCUGUCAACUAGUACGCAACGUACACGAGAUGAAGAACUCAUUGAGGUGGAAUUUCAACCAGAACAACCACAAUUCGUGGAACCUUUAGAAAUUGUUAGGUACAAUGGAUUUUAUUUUGAUGAUUAUGGUCAGCAAAUGACCCGACCAUUUCAAAGACAACAACCAGUACCUGCGGUUGCUGACACAGAAGGAUCUUUAAUCCGGAGUUCAACAAGUUAUCCACAAAUAGAUAACGUUCGUAGAAAUCGACAACAAAAUAAUUCUCACCAACCAAAUGGUACAUUUACAAGUUUUCCACAGAUAGCUAAUGUAAAAUAUGAUAAAAAUCCAAUGGCGCAUAGUGCAACUGUUUUUAAUCCACUUUUACAACGAACUAAGGAACUAAAUACUGAAAAUAAUUCCAAAUUUGUGGUAUUUAUGGAAAAAGUAUCAAAUGUUAAUGAAUGUUCACCGUUUUCUGUGGGUAAUUUUUUGGAAAAGGAAUCGUCUGUUUCUUCAGUGUCUAUUAUAACUGAUGUUGGUGAUCCUUCAACAUUCAUCUUAUGA